AUGGCGGCGGAGCUUGUGUGUUGUGAGGCGAACUUCUUUAUACACAUAGCUGUGAUAGCGUUUCUUGUGUUGUUCGCUGGACUCAUGUCUGGUUUAACAUUGGGUCUUAUGUCUUUGAGUCUCGUUGAUCUUGAGGUUCUUGCUAAAUCCGGUACUCCCGAACAUCGCAAAUACGCUGAAAAGAUAUUGCCAGUGGUGAAGAACCAGCAUCUGUUGCUUGUCACUUUACUUGUAUGCAAUGCAGCUGCUAUGGAGACGCUUCCUAUUUUUCUUGAUGCUCUUGUCACGGCAUGGGGUGCUAUUUUGAUCUCAGUUACAUUGAUUCUUCUCUUUGGUGAGAUUAUACCUCAGUCAAUUUGUACACGUUAUGGUUUGGCCAUUGGUGCAACAGUAGCUCCCUUUGUCCGCGUCCUAGUCUUUGUCUGCUUACCAGUUGCAUGGCCGAUUAGCAAGCUACUGGACUUUCUAUUGGGUCAUCGUCGUGCAGCGCUUUUCCGAAGAGCUGAGCUGAAAACACUUGUAGACUUUCAUGGAAAUGAGGCUGGAAAGGGCGGCGAGCUGACUCAUGACGAAACAACAAUCAUCGCAGGAGCUCUGGAACUCUCUGAGAAAAUGGUCAAGGAUGCAAUGACACCAAUAUCUGAUAUAUUUGUGAUUGAUAUCAAUGCUAAAUUAGACAGGGAUUUGAUGAACUUGAUUCUUGAGAAAGGACAUAGCAGAGUUCCAGUUUACUAUGAGCAGCCAAUUAACAUUAUCGGCCUUGUUCUGGUAAAGAACUUACUGACUAUCAAUCCAGAUGAUGAAACACCCGUCAAGAGUGUCACAAUAAGAAAGAUUCCGAGAGUACCAGAAACUUUGCCUUUGUAUGACAUAUUGAAUGAGUUCCAGAAAGGACUCAGCCAUAUGGCUGUUGUGGUGAGGCAAUGCGACAAAAUCCACCCGUUACCUUGUAAAGAUGUUAAAGACGAGAGUGUUAAGGAAGUACAAGUGGAUGUGGAUGGUGAGGGAACUCCUCACGAGAGAAUGCUAAGGACAAAGAGAUCGCUUCAGAAGUGGAAGAGCUUUCCAAAUCGAGCAAGUUCGUUUAAGAGAAGUAAGACCAAGAAGUGGUCAAAGGACAAUGACGCAGACAUCUUGCAUUUAAAUGGCAAUCCGCUGCCUAAACUAGCCGAGGAAGAAGAAGCUGUUGGAAUCAUUACAAUGGAAGAUGUUAUUGAGGAACUUCUGCAGGAGGAGAUCUUUGAUGAAACAGAUCACCAUUUUGAAGACUCGUGA